AACAGGUUUGAUCCAGGUUGAAAUCCUGGCCAAAUAUAAAACUCAGAAGUGAUCUCAUUCUGGACUUCAGUACCUGAUUGAUCGUUAUUUGAAGAGGAAUUCCUGACAAAAUGUUUAAGGAAGUGUUGAUUCUGAGUGCACUUGCUGCACUAUGUGCAAGUGUUCCGUUGGAGUCUGGGACCAAAGCCGUUGCACCAGCCAUUAAGAACAGUCCCAUCGUAGUGAUACCAGAACAAGUUGAAGACUUGGAUACUGCAGAAUCUGCGCAUCAUCGAGGUAGAGGACAUCAUCACCAUCGCGGUCACGGAGGUGGAGGCUAUGGCGGUUAUGGCGGUGGUUUCCGAGGUCCGGUGUACCCAGCCCACGGAGGAGGUUACGGGGGAGGUUACGGAGGAGGCUACGGUGGUGGUGUCGGACUUGGCGUAGGAGUUGGCAUCGGAGUCGGAGUCGGUGUGGGUGUUGGCGGUGGAUACGGUCGGAAGUAGGCGAACAAUAAACGUGAAUUAUGCUAAAUCUA